UACAUUUCCCAGGAUGCUUCUGGGCAAACCCCAUCCUCUAGUUUAACUCCGGUGGCAGGAGUCUAUACGGAGCACAGCUGAGAGCAGGAUGCCCGAGGGCCCAGAGCUCCACUUGGCCAGCUGCUACGUGAACACCCAGUGCAAGGACCUGGUGUUCGCCGGGCGGGCGGAGAAGUCCGAAGUCAGUAAAAACCCGGAGGUGCCCUUCGAGAGCAGCGCCUACCGCAUCACGGCCACCUCUCGGGGCAAGGAGGUCCGGCUGACGCUGAGCCCGCUGCCGGGGGCCCACCCCCCACAGGCCCCCCUGGACCUGGUGUUCCGCUUCGGCAUGUCCGGCUCCUUUCAGGUGGUCCCGGCGGACGCCCUGCCCAAGCACGCCCACCUGCGUUUCUAUACCGCCUCUCCCCCUCCCCGCCGAGCCCUCUGCUUCGUGGACAUCCGGCGCUUUGGCCACUGGGAAGUCCAGGGCACGUGGCAGCCUGGGCGCGGCCCCUGCGUUCUCCUGGAGUAUGAGAAGUUCAGGGAGAACGUCCUCCAGAACUUGGCUGACAAGACCUUUGACAAGCCCAUUUGCGAAGCUCUCCUGGACCAGAAGUUCUUCAACGGCAUUGGCAACUACCUUCGGGCAGAGAUUCUUCACCGGCUGAAGAUCCCUCCCUUUGAGAAGGCCCGAACUGUCCUGGAGGCGCUGAAGUGUCGGAGGCCGAACCCAGAACUGACCCUGAGCAAGAAGGUCAAAGCAAAGCUAGAGAACCCGGACUUGCUGGAGCUGUGCCAUUCGGUCCCCAUGGAGGUGAUCCAGCUCGGGGGUAAGGGUUAUGGACCCGAGAGGGAGGAAGAUGACUUUUCAGCUUUCCGUGCAUGGCUGCGCUGCUACUCUGUGUCUGGCAUGAGCUGCCUCCCGGACAGGCACGGCAGGACCAUCUGGUUCCAGGGAGAUCCUGGACCUCUGGCCCCCAAAGGAGGAAAAUCCCGUAAGAAGCGUGUGAAGGAAAAAUCCAUCCCUGAAGUUACCGAUUCAGAGGAUCUUACAUCUCUGCCAAAGAAGGGCCCCACCAGAGCAAGGAAACCAGGCAAGAAGUCUCAGAAGGGUUCUGUUGAUCAAGGAACCAAGGGACAUGGGGCAUCAACUAGACGCCCCAAGUCCCAGCCCCGACUAAAGCGUCGGAAGUCUGCUCCAACAUCCCCAGGAAAUGAUCCAGGAGUUCUAGGAGGAAAACAGCAGCUGGUGGCCCGAGUACGAAAAGCCAGAACCAGGAAGGGGAAAGCUACUUCCAAACCCAGGCUCUCCCCAUCUUCCUCCCCACCUCCAUCACCCAGCAGCCAUCCUGAACCUGGCCUGUCUCCUUGAAGCUUCAGCCCCAGGGUGGGAGAGGCCCCCCCCCCCCGGGUCCUCCUGUUAGCCCCGUGAUGGGGAGAGGGAUGUGGACCACCCCAGGAUCAGGGCAGCCAGGAGAAUAUGGCAAAAGGCUCAGGCUUCAGAUUUGGAGGACACAAUGCUUUUCAUAAGAUUCAUUGGCAGUUUUCUUGGGCCUGUGCACAAUCCUGACCAAAAGAUUCAACUGAUGUCUGAAAAGGGUUGAUUUCCACAGCUGGGAUGGAUUGCUGCCAGGGGAGGCUCAACACCCAGAGCCCUGGAGCUCCAAAUCCUUUCUUUUGUGUCAGUGCCUUUGCCCUUCAAGCCCCAAGUUGGGAGGGAACCCCAAAUGUCUUUCAUCCACGUCUUGCCUUUCCCACCCCAGUCAGGCACCCAAUCCCUUAUUCCCUACUCCUCUCCCAGCAGGGUUGAAAUCCAGGAUGAUUUUAGAGCUUUUGAACCAGUUUUGGAGAUGCUUUUGUACAUGUUGACAAUAAAAUCUAACUAGAAAUCUUAA